AUUCCGGUCGCACAGUACGAAGUUACACGCAGACAACUUUCUACUUUCAUUCUCCAUUGACCUGCCCAGUGAGUUUGAUUUGUAAAGUUAACCGAGACUUUGACUGAGGCUGAAAAGUUUGUGUGAUGUCGGGUAAAGUCAAAUCCCGGGCCUCUGUGAAUGCAGCUGACUCGAAUACGCUGUCCUUGAACGAGAAAAUUUUAAAGGAAUGUCACUCUCUAUACAUCGACCCAGAAAAUGGGCUAGUGAAAAUUGCUGAGGGCUUGGGUCUGAGUUUGCUGGCACCAAGGAAAAAGAUUACAGUGCUUCUAAUUGGCAACCACUCCGCAGGCAAAAGUUCUUUCAUCAACUGGUAUGUGGAGGAGCAUGUCCAGAGGACAGGUGUGGCCAUCGAGACCCAGGGGUUUACUGUGGUCACUAGUGGGAGGAAGAGGGAAUCUCUUACAGGCAAUGCCACCUUACACCUGUACCCAUACCUGGAACCGUUACGUCAAAUUGAAGGUGUGGUGGAUUACCUGAGCACAGAGAUCAGCACGUCCAAACAGAAGAAGUUCAGUCUGGUCACCUUUGUGGACACCCCAGGUCUGGUGGAUGGGGACAUGAAGUAUCCGUUUGAUGUCAACAGAGCUAUCACUUGGCUGGGAGACACCGCUGACCUGGUGUUUGUCUUCUUUGACCCCAUUGGUCAAGCGCUGUGUAAACGCACCCUGAACCUGGUGGAGACCCUCAAUGAGAAACACGCUGACCGCAUGAAGUUCUACCUCAGCAAGGCUGACGAGGCUGGACAUGAGAGUGAUAGGCAGCGCGUCAUGAUGCAGAUUGUGCAGGAGUUGUGCAAGAGACCAGGUUUAAACCGCACAGGUUUUGACAUGCCAACCAUUUACGUCCCUGCCAUGAACCAGAAGGGCAGUCGCUGUGUCAACCAGAUCGAGGAGGUGUGUAAGGAGAUAGAGAAGACCAUCAACCAGACCAUUCAGAACACACUCAACUCACUGGAGCGUGACUGCGACCAGAUCACACUCAUGGUGGGGGACAAGCUCAGGGAAGACAGCCUUCGUCGCUCCCGUAACUUCCGCGCUCGCAUUCGUGGGUUCUUCUAUGGCCUAGUGGGAAUGUUGUUGCCUCUGUUGCUAUUGGUUACGUUCUUGAUCCACACCUCCCACUCUGUACUGGCAGCUUUGUUGGGGGACAACCUGAUGAUCACACUUGACUUGUACCUGGGUUCAGUGAGUGGUUUCUGGCGUACAGUCCCUCGUGACUAUAUGCAGUACGUCAUUUUUGUCAUCCUAGGGCUGGCACUGGUCAUGUUGUUGGUGGCCAAGUUUUCCUCCAGAACGGUCCAAACACUGAACAGGAAACAGAAGAAAAAACUGAAUGAGAUCAGUGAAUACGUGCAGGGGACCGUCAAGACAAAGAAGCAAACUUUGUACCAGGAGUAUCUGAGACAGAGUGUGGCAGAUCAGGAUCUUUGACGCGCCCAGUGUUGUAGUCAUCUCAUGUCAUCAUCACGUUGUUGCUGGGACCUGUUUAGUUGCCUACACAAAUGUUUUUAGGCUCAAAAUGUCUUUGGUUUCAUCCUCAAUCUUCCCAUUAGAAGCAGAAUGUAUCUACAAAAGUUGUGUUUUAAGAAACUUGUUUCUGUUCUACUGUCCCAUUUUAAGUUGGUAGAGUCGUUUAUUUACCAGGUGGUUUAAAAAACUGGAAUGUUAUCUCCUGUCCCUUUGAACAAGUUUUGUUUCCUAUCAGAUUUUAAUUGUUAUGGCCUCAUGUUCUAUUUUAUUUUCUUGUGCAAUUUUCUUUUUACACAUUAUUUCUAUUUUGUACUUAAAAACAAUUGUAAAUAAGAGCCCAAUUAAAGGGAAAUAAUUCAACAAUGAAAUGAGAGUGGCCAGAUUUAGCGUUACAAUUUUGUCUGAAGUUUGUUUGUUUGUUUCAUGACCAACUGAAUGAGAUUAAAAUGUUGGAUUGUUGCUUUCAAAUAAAGUCAAUUCUAUCUUA